CUUGAUCCAAGCGUCGUCCAAUUAUGUGUUAGCAGCACUUAUUCCACGCUACAAUGUAGUCGCUUGAUGCUGAGAGACAGGGGUGUACAACUGUAGAACGAACGUUUUCUGACAAUCUAACGAAACAGAGGUUGGGAAACACAGGACAGGGCGUCUUCGAUGUAGAAGGGAAGGCAGGGAAUGCAACAAAAGCCGCGAGGCUUUUUCGUCUGGAAUUCUGCGGCUUUAUAAAUGAUUCAUGAGGUCCUAUUUUAAGGGAGUAAUUGCACUCGCAGUGUGUUACUAUCAGUUAUGAGUGUGUUCGCGUGAGCGCUUGCGUGUGAAGCCGGUCACAAAUCUGCAGAGGACGGAGAUACCAGACGACAUAAACUGUGAACAGACCCUCGGAAACUAAAGUAAAUUUAUGUGGCUGUAAUUUGGGGGUUGAUUCGAUAUUAUUUCAAGCCUCUUGGCACAGUCGCUUGUCAACCCGUCUGUCAAAGAAAUCAACUGUUGCUGCAACGGAACGAUCACAGGGGGCACAUUUCCAAGUCCGCGGUGCUGAAGUAGCCUAUGCAGGAUCUCAGAAUGGAUUUUUAACCGUCACCCGGACUUGCGUGCGUUCCUCAACGUGUUGUACUAUCUGCCAAUUAACAUGGAAGAGAGACUUGUAUUUUUGUUGAUGCCACGGAUACAUGUUGUUGGUGUAUUCUGAUGCUGCAUGUGGUCGUGCAGAAUGAUCAUUUUCCACGCCGCACCCGGCUUUUUGAUAUUGGUUCAUAUUUUUGUUUCAGACAAUAGCGUUUGCUGUUAGAAAAGACAGUUUGGGUAUUUGAAGAACUCUCAAGCUGUUGUAGGAUUUAUACAGGUUUUCUACAGUGACCUUGCCGGUUCAGCGUUAUUCAGGACCAUGCUGAUGAUGGAGAACAACGGAAUGGAUGCGCAUCAGGUUGAAAUCGAUUCGGAAUUCGAACCUCAGGGCCGACCUCGCUCGUGCACCUGGCCGCUACCGUGUCCAGAGGAUUUUCCUGGGGGAGAGGAGGCCAAUCGAGGUCUACCCCUGGCAUCUGUUAAAUUGGAGCAGUACAACGUUCCUACAUGUAGAAGAGGUGGUGCGCCGACAGAGAUAAAACAUCCAGCCGGCGCCCCAGCCCCUAUCGCCGCUGCUCCUACGUGUAUGUCCGGGGCAGCGCUUGAUGUCGCCGGCCAGCUGCGCAAAUCUAAGUCCUCCCGGCGGAACGCAUGGGGAAACCAGUCAUACGCGGAUCUCAUCACGCGUGCCAUUGAAAGUACGCCCGAGAAGAGACUUACUUUGUCACAGAUUUACGAUUGGAUGGUGCGCUUUGUCCCUUAUUUCAAGGAUAAAGGUGACAGCAAUAGUUCAGCUGGAUGGAAGAACUCUAUCAGGCACAACCUGUCCCUGCACACGCGCUUCAUCCGGGUGCAGAAUGAGGGCACAGGCAAGAGCUCCUGGUGGAUGCUGAACCCGGAGGGGGGGAAGAUGGGGAAGGGCCCACGGAGGAGAGCUGCAUCCAUAGACAACGGAGGCACCAAGUACCUGAAGACCAAGGGCCGGGUCAGCAGGAAAAGGGCUGGGGUUAUGGGCCUGGGUCGGGGCCAGGGUCAGGGUCAGGGCCAGGGCCAGGGCCAGGGGCCUGGCCUCCAGGGCUCCCCUGAACACGGCAGCCCGGCGGGGAAAGGAGGGGUGGGGGUGGGAGGGGAGGAGUACGACGCCUGGACGGAGCUCCACUCCCGCACCUCCUCCUCCGGCUCCACCCUCAGCGGCUGCCUGUCGCCCAUCCUGGCGGAGGCGGAGCCCGACGAGCCCGAGGAGGGCGGGCUGUCCUGCUCGGCCUCGCCCCGCCUCUACCCCAGCCCCACCAGCACGCGCUCCCCGGCCCUAGGGACCGGGGGCCACUGCCCCUCCGUGGAGCUUCCCCAGCUCACUGACCUGACGGGGGCCAUCAGCCUGGACGAGGGGGGGUACCCCCACCAGCCCCAGCAGCUCAAAUGCAAUGGUUACCCCUACGUCCCGGGGCCCAAGGGAGAGGGGUCGUACUGCGGGCCCGUCUACGGGCAGACCACCCUGGCCAUGCUUCGCCACCACGCCCCCAUGCAGACUAUCCAGGAGAACAAGCCGGCCAGCUUCCAGCGCCUGCUCAGGGCCUACUCAGAGAACAACGCUCUGCAGAGCCUUCUGACUGCAGGGCCCCAGUACUGCAGCAAGGAGCUGGUGCUGGGCCAGGCCAGCGAGACGCACGCCCUCCUGACCCAGGCAACCAACGGGGUUCACAGCUCGCACAACCACAAUCAGAACCGCAGCAGCCACAAUCACAACCAUGAACACACUCACAACCCAGGUAUGCACAACGGUCACGGUGCGGUGCUCGACCAGAACCCCAGCCACCUUCAGAAUCACGGUCACGGUCACAAGCACCUUUCUAACCUCGACUACAACCGCAGUCACAAGCACCACCCGGGCCAUGACUACAACCAGAGUCACGAACACAACCACAGCCACAAAGUCAACCCCAGCUCCAACCCCAACCACAUGCACGACCACCUGCAGCAGAGCGGGCCGCGACCCCAGGCCCUCUCCCCGAGGGUCAACACUGACAUCCUGCAGCCCUACAGCCUCAAGACCCCCGGCCACUACGGCCCCCGCCCCCACCUCCCGGCGUCGGCCCCCUCCCUGCCCCCCAACCCCGCCAGCGUCAUGGAUGUGCCCCAGGAUCCCUGCCGCCUGGCCUCCGCCCCCCACCCCCACCCCCGGCACCAGCCCUACCCCGGCGCCCACCACCAGGGCAUGAACGACAGCUGGGAGGGCUACUACCACCAUCCCCAGCCCCCCCUCAGCUCCGGGUACCACGGACAGCACCACCAGCCACACCACCGGAUGGUGUCGGAGCUCGACAUGGACCCUCUCCCCAACACGCUGGACUGUGACGUGGACUCCAUCCUCCUCAACGACUUCAUGGACACCGAGGGCAUGGACUUCUACUUUGACGGCUCGCUGUCCCAGGGGGUGGGGAUGGGGAUGGGCAUGAGCUUAGGGGCCUUCACUGGACCUCCCCAGGCACACCACAGCCAGAGCUGGGUGCCAGGGUGAGCGAUCGCCCCUCCCAGCCACCCGCCCCCCUCUUGGACCCAGAUACUUCAGGGGAGGGUUAGUCCCAGAAGGCCGAGCUGCAGGCACCGGCACCAACCCCACUGACUGUCUGACUGUGAUUCUGUCGCUCCGAAAGAAAAGAACAAAUAUGUCUCGUCAUAUUGUUUCCUGAGGACUUCCCUUUAAAAUUCCCCCCCCCCCCCACAGCCCCGACGCCCCUGCCUCUCUCUUUCACUGGCCCUGUCGGGUUUCUCUCUCUUUUCUCGUCUCGUGUCUCUCUCUCUCUGUGCUGUGGCUACACGGUCCCCGUUCCCCUCAGGUUCAUGUCCCCCAGUUGGUCUGCUCCUUGGCUCGGAACGCCUCCCUCCCGCUCGCCCCAUAAGCUCUCAAGCACUUUACAGAUGCCAUGCUUCUUUUGAAUCCAUGCAGUAACACAAAGACAGAGACAAGUCACAUUGUGUGUUGGCUUAAGUUUAAUGUAUGCAAACCGCUUUCUCAUCUCCUACUUAAAAAAAGAAAAAAAAAAAGGAAAAAAAGGAAAAAAAGAUAGAAGAAAA